ACCAAACCACAAAAUACAAAAGCUCCAGCUACUCAAACAUAAAAAAGCAACAUGCAAUGAAACAUUACACCUUUCAGCAAAGUAAACCUUAUAAUGGCAUUUGUUUGUAAAGAAUACUUUAAUUUAUAUCUGUUUAUUAUUUGGCUCCAUGAGUUGAGGUUUCUGCCUCUGCUCACUGAACAAGGAUUAUAAUCGGAGGAUUACGCGCUGCAGUAAAACUGCUUUAUCCUCCCCAGUGCUGGCACAGGUAAUCCAAUCACUGCUAACCUUCCAUCAGAGCACCGAGACACUCAUUUCCUCUGAACUGGCUGAAGAGCGAGCACAAAAAGGCACGGUGAUGAGGCCCCGGAGGAGAGCCAGGUGACAGAAUGCCAUUUAUUAUCAGGGGAAGAGCCCUGAAGGGGGCAAAGUAUGCCAGCAACAGAAGGACCACUCCCUCCACUGACACCCCGGCACUCUGGUCAGAGAACCACACCGGUCUGCUUCAGCUUCCUCCAUCAGAACCCGUUCAGGCUCCAGCCAGCACCGGGAAGCCCGUCGGCUCCUCUCAUGGGCUCCUCGGGGCUCAGGGCCAGGGUGGCUCCGGCUCCGGUGUCAGCCCGGUCCUUGCUUGGCACGCCGCCAUCACCGCGGCUCGACAAGCGCAGGACGACUCUGAAAUGCCCGACGUGAGCUCCCAGCCCUCCCUCACCAACACUGGAGCGGCUCCUGUCGGCUCCCUGGCGCAGAGGAAGAGGCAGCAGUACGCUAAAAGCAAAAAGCAAGGAGGAUCCACCAGCAGCCGGCCCCCCAGGGCCCUGUUCUGCCUCACCCUCAACAACCCGAUCCGCAGGGCCUGCAUCAGCCUGGUGGAGUGGAAACCCUUUGAUAUCUUCAUACUGCUGUCUAUUUUUGCCAACUGUGUGGCCUUAGCCAUCUACAUCCCCUUUCCUGGAGACGACUCCAACUCUACCAACCAAGAACUGGAAACAGUAGAAUAUGCCUUCCUGAUCAUUUUUACAAUAGAAACAUUUCUGAAGAUUAUUGCCUAUGGCCUGGUCAUGCACCAGAACUCCUACGUCCGGAACGGAUGGAACAUGUUGGAUUUUGUAAUCGUCAUAGUGGGGUUGUUUAGUGUGGUUCUGGAGAUGAUAACCAAAGAUCAUGACUCUGGGGGCCAGUCUGGAGGCAAACCGGGGGGGUUCGAUGUAAAGGCCCUGAGAGCCUUUCGUGUCCUGCGGCCCCUUCGCCUUGUCUCUGGAGUUCCCAGUUUACAGGUGGUUUUGAAUUCCAUUAUAAAAGCCAUGGUUCCCCUGCUUCACAUCGCCCUCCUGGUCCUUUUUGUAAUUAUUAUCUACGCCAUCAUCGGCCUCGAGCUCUUCAUCGGAAAGAUGCACGCCACAUGCUACGUAAUAAAAUCAGGUGCCCUUGCAGAAGAAGAGCCCACGCCUUGUGCGGUAUCGGGUCACGGCCGCCGCUGCCUCUUCAACGGCACAGUUUGCAGAGAAGGCUGGCAAGGCCCCAACAACGGCAUCACCAACUUUGACAAUUUCCUGUUUGCCAUGCUCACCGUGUUCCAGUGCAUCACCAUGGAGGGCUGGACCGACGUUCUCUACUGGAUGAAUGAUGCAAUGGGCUUUGAGCUGCCAUGGGUUUACUUCGUCAGUCUGGUCAUCUUUGGAUCCUUUUUUGUUCUUAACUUAGUUUUGGGUGUGUUGAGUGGAGAGUUUUCCAAAGAGCGAGAAAAGGCCAAGGCUCGAGGUGAUUUCCAGAAGCUGCGUGAGAAGCAGCAGCUAGAAGAAGACCUGAAGGGCUACCUGGACUGGAUCACACAAGCCGAGGACAUCGACCCUGAGAACGAGGAGGAGGGAGACGAGGAGGGCAAGCGUAACCGGGUCACGCUGGCUGACCUCACUCAGAAGAAGAAGGGAAAGUUUGGCUGGUUCUCUCAGUCCACAGAGACACAGGCGAGCAUGCCCACCAGUGAGACAGAGUCAGUGAACACAGACAAUCACAACGGAGAGGACGACAAAUCACCGUGCUGUGGGCCGCUGUGUCAGAAAAUAACUAAGUCAAAGUUCAGCCGACAGUGGCGACGAUGGAACCGCUUCUGCCGCAGGAAGUGCCGUGCAGCCGUGAAAUCAGUGACCUUUUAUUGGCUUGUCAUCAUCUUGGUGUUCCUCAACACUCUUACCAUCGCCUCCGAGCACUACAACCAGCCAGACUGGCUGACUGAAGUACAGGAUGUAGCCAACAAAGUCCUGCUGGCUUUGUUCACUUUGGAGAUGCUCGUGAAGAUGUACAGUUUGGGGCUGCAGGCGUACUUUGUGUCCCUGUUUAACCGCUUUGACUGUUUCGUGGUUUGCGGCGGCAUCGUAGAAACCAUCCUGGUGGAGUUUUCCAUCAUGUCUCCUCUGGGAAUCUCUGUCUUACGCUGCGUACGCCUCCUCAGGAUAUUCAAAGUCACACGUCACUGGGCGUCUCUCAGUAACCUGGUGGCCUCUCUGCUCAACUCCAUGAAGUCCAUCGCCUCCCUGCUGCUGCUUCUCUUCCUCUUCAUUAUUAUUUUCUCCCUUCUCGGGAUGCAGCUCUUCGGGGGGAAAUUUAACUUUGACGAGACGGUGACCAAACGGAGCACAUUUGAUAACUUCCCGCAGGCGCUGCUCACGGUGUUUCAGAUCCUGACAGGAGAAGACUGGAACACGGUGAUGUAUGACGGCAUCAUGGCAUACGGAGGUCCGGCCUCGUCUGGAAUGGUGGUCUGCAUUUACUUCAUCAUCCUCUUCAUCUGUGGAAACUACAUCUUGCUGAAUGUCUUCUUGGCCAUCGCCGUCGAUAACCUGGCAGAUGCAGAGUCUCUCAACUCGGCACAGAAGGAGGAAGAAGAGGCCAAGAAGAGGAGGAAUAGUGCCAAGGACAUAAAUCCAGAUAAGAAAGUUGAAUUGACAGAAGCCAACGACGGUGAGACCAAGGUGCCAACUGAGGCUUUGCUGCAAGGAGACAAAGAGUCACAUUCUGCCAAUGAGUUACCAGGUGAUGACGACGAGGAUGAAGACGAUAAUGACAACCUCCCAGAUGUCCCCUUGGGGCCCCGGCCCCAGCGGCUCUCUGAACUCACCCUCAAAGAAAAGACUCCACCCAUCCCAGAGGGCAGCGCCUUCUUCAUCUUCAGCAGCACCAACCCGUUCCGUGUGUUCUGCCAUAAACUCAUCAACCAUCAGAUUUUCACCAACCUCAUCCUGGUCUUCAUCAUGCUCAGCUCGGUUUCUCUGGCUGCUGAGGACCCCAUACGCAACUUCUCUGCCCGCAACAUUAUACUUGGUUAUUUUGACUAUGCCUUCACGGCAAUCUUUACUGUUGAGAUCCUGUUGAAGAUGACAGCUUUUGGAGCGUUUCUUCAUAAAGGAGCAUUCUGUAGAAACUACUUCAACCUUUUAGACCUGCUGGUUGUUGGUGUGUCUCUUGUCUCCUUCGGCAUUCAGUCCUCUGCUAUCUCAGUUGUGAAGAUUCUUCGAGUUUUGCGAGUUCUCCGUCCACUCAGGGCCAUCAACAGAGCCAAGGGACUCAAGCAUGUGGUGCAGUGUGUGUUUGUGGCCAUCAGGACCAUCGGGAACAUCAUGAUCGUCACCACGCUGCUGCAGUUCAUGUUCGCUUGUAUCGGAGUGCAGCUCUUCAAGGGUAAAUUCUAUCGAUGCACAGAUGAUGCAAAGUCCAGCCCAGAUGAAUGCAAGGGAACAUACAUUCUGUACAACAACGGGGACACAGCGCUGCCCAUGGUGAAGGAGAGGAUUUGGCACAACAGUGACUUUAACUUUGACAAUGUUCUCAUGGCCAUGAUGGCUCUUUUUACCGUCUCCACCUUUGAAGGAUGGCCCACUUUGUUGUACAAAGCCAUCGACUCUAACAGGGAGAACAUGGGCCCCAUCUACAACUACCGCAUCGAGAUCUCCAUCUUCUUCAUCAUCUAUAUCAUCAUCAUCGCCUUCUUUAUGAUGAACAUCUUUGUUGGUUUCGUCAUUGUUACCUUUCAGGAGCAAGGCGAAAAGGAGUACAAGAACUGUGAGCUUGACAAGAACCAGCGUCAGUGUGUAGAGUACGCUCUGAAAGCCCGCCCUCUGCGUCGCUACAUUCCCAAAAAUCCCUACCAGUACAAGUUCUGGUACGUGGUGAACUCCACUGGCUUUGAGUAUGUCAUGUUUGUCCUGAUCAUCCUCAACACUUUGUGUCUGGCCAUUCAGCACCACGGUCAGUCUCAUCUGUUUAACUACGCCAUGGACAUCCUCAACAUGGUCUUUACUGGAGUUUUUACAGUAGAAAUGAUCCUUAAGCUGAUUGCCUUCAAACCCAGAGGUUAUGUCGGGGACGCCUGGAACGUCUUCGAUGCUCUGGUGGUAUUUGGCAGUGUAGUCGACAUCAUACUCAGCCAGAACUAUUUUGCUGAUGCAUGGAACACGUUUGAUGCCUUAAUUGUUGUGGGUAGCGUGGUUGACAUUGCCAUCACUGAGAUCAAUAACACAGAAGACAGCGCUCGAAUCUCCAUCACCUUCUUCCGCCUGUUCAGGGUGAUGAGGCUGGUCAAGCUGCUGAGCAGGGGCGAGGGGAUCCGGACUCUGCUGUGGACCUUCAUCAAAUCCUUCCAGGCUCUACCUUAUGUUGCCCUUCUGAUAGCCAUGCUGUUCUUCAUCUAUGCUGUGAUCGGGAUGCAGGUGUUUGGGAAAAUAGCAAUGGUGGACGGAACCCAAAUCAACCGCAACAAUAACUUUCAAACGUUUCCCCAGGCGGUUCUGAUGCUUUUCAGGUGUGCCACAGGCGAGGCGUGGCAGGAGAUCAUGCUGGCCUGCCUGCCGGGGAAACUGUGCGACUCCGAGUCGGACUACAACCCCGGAGAGGAGCGAACCUGCGGCAGCGGCUUUGCCAUCAUCUACUUCAUCAGCUUCUACAUGCUCUGUGCAUUCCUGAUCAUCAACCUUUUCGUAGCUGUCAUCAUGGAUAACUUUGACUACCUGACCCGUGACUGGUCCAUUCUUGGGCCGCACCACCUGGAUGAGUUCAAAAGGAUCUGGUCUGAAUAUGAUCCUGAGGCCAAGGGCAGGAUCAAACACCUUGAUGUUGUAACUCUGCUGAGGAGGAUCCAGCCUCCGUUGGGCUUUGGAAAGCUCUGUCCUCACAGAGUCGCCUGUAAGCGACUGGUGGCGAUGAACAUGCCUCUCAACAGCGAUGGGACUGUGAUGUUCAACGCCACUUUGUUUGCUUUGGUCCGCACUGCGCUCAAGAUCAAAACGGAGGGUAACUUGGAGCAAGCCAACGAGGAGCUCAGAGCUGUGAUCAAGAAGAUCUGGAAGAGGACCAGCAUGAAACUGUUGGAUCAAGUGGUUCCUCCUGCAGGCGAUGACGAGGUAACAGUGGGGAAGUUCUAUGCCACCUUCCUGAUACAGGACUACUUCAGAAAGUUCAAGAGGCGCAAAGAGCAAGGGCUUGUGGGAAGGCGGUCGUGGGAGAAGCUGAACAACACUUUGGCUCUACAGGCCGGCCUGCGCACGCUGCAUGACAUCGGACCAGAAAUCCGUCGAGCCAUAUCAUGUGACCUCCAGGAAGAGGGGCUGGUGGAUGGAACAGGAGACGAAGAGGAGGAAAUCUACAGACGUAACGGCGGGCUCUUCGGGAACCACGUUAACCACGUGGAUCAGCAGGGCUCCGCCCACCCCACCACCGUCACGCAGCGCCCGCUACAGAUCCUGCCCUUCUACUGCACGCCAUCAAUCGCGCCCGUCCAGACCGUCACGAGAGCCAGCAGCAGCGACAAGGAGGGAGAAACGGAGAUGAACUCCUCGCCCGUCCAGUAUAAUCACCACCCCAGCCCUCACCUGUACGAUUACCCUCACUGCAACUCCACCUGCCGCCGGUCGCCGAUCCCCUCCAACGCCAACCUCAACAACGCCAACGUCCCCUCGCUCCUCUCCGUGACCUCUGGGAGGCAACAGAGGUGUUUAUUACAGCGUCGGCGGCCUUCCUCCACCAGGAAUGCAUCCUCGACGACCUACAGCAGAGGCCUGCACAACAGAUCGUGGAAGUCGCACUCCACAAGCAGGACGCGCUACUAUGAAGCCUACAUUAGGUCAAAAAAUGGUGGAGGGCUCUAUCCUACUAUUCGUCGAGAGCAGCCGGGGGGCGGUGACAGUGAUGACGAGCGAGGCUCUGGAGAGUAUUUUAGUGGGGAGGAAUUUCACGAGGAUGACAUCAUGCUCACAAAGGAGAGGUUGUCCAGGACAAACUUUCAUAAUGAUUCAGAGGGAGAUUUUGACCUCUCCAGGGAUGACUGCCAAUCUGAUGGUUACUAUGACAAUGACAAACAGCCUAUCUGCCAAGAUGGCCGACGGUCACCAAGGAGAUGGUUUUUACCAUCACCUCAAGCCUCCCACACACCAACAUUCAACUUCGAGUGUCUUCGCAGAAGAAGUAGUACGGACGACGCUCCCGUUUCUCCACCGUGCACAGCUCUUCCAUUGCAACUGAUGCAGCAACAGGUGAUGGCAGUAGCCGGUCUGGAUGCCAGCAGAAUUCAACGGCUUUCACCAACGAGGUCGCUGCGCUCGUGGGCCACGCCCCCUGCCUCCCCCAUCAGCUGUGACUGCUCGCCUUCCUACACGCCGCUCAUUCAGGUGGACUGGCGGAGUUCUGGCAGCGUUGGCAGCAUCCCUGGAGCCACGAAGAGGAGUUCGUGGUACACAGAUGGCCAAGAUGGCUGUCCCAGUCGCAGCCACUCCCCGUCACGUCUGCAGUUACCUGCAGAGAGCUGUGCGCACUUCCAGCAGAAGAGACGCAGCGCCAACAGUCUGGUGGAAGCUGUUCUGAUCUCAGAGGGUCUGGCAGAAUACGCCCGGGACCCAAAGUUUGUGUCGGCAACGAAGCACGAGAUCGCAGACGCCUGCGAGAUGACCAUCGAUGAGAUGGAGAGCGCCGCCAGCAACCUGCUGAACGGCGGCACGGGGGGCGCGGGGAACGGUGACUCGGACUCCCAAACCGGCACGCACCUGAGGGACCACCGCGACUUCAGCGACGAGGAGCCGUACGUGGCUGUGAAAUGCGAGGAGGACCUGACGGAUGAGAUGAUAUGCAUCACUUCACUAUAGCACCGGCUCACACCAGAUUAUUUUUUUUUAGUGUUUUUAAAUUAAACUUUAACCAAUCGUUCCUCAGUGAGGGGGAUAUCUCAGAUGCCCUGAAGGACAGAAAUAAACGAAACAGGGAUGAACUGGAGAGCAAAGUGCCUUGUUUUCUCUCUCUGAGUGAAUUCAGUAAACGUGGGAUUAUAAUAAAGUUCUGCUAUAACUGAAAGCAGAAAGCAUGAAUUUAACUGCCAGCUUUUUUGUUCAGCAGGAUUUCGAAGCUAUUUUCUUUCUUUACAAUAUUUGAUACAUCAGUUUAGUUUUCAGUUUAGAGGAUGGUUUAAUUCAGCUUUCAUUUCAAAGUUGCGACUUCACACUAAACAAGGUCAUAAGUCCGAAUGUUUAAUCAACACGAAGAGCCAGUAAAACAAUAAAUGUGUGCCACCAUUUUAAUCACGUGGAAUAAAUUUCAAACUAUUUUUGUGAAAAUAAAACACUUUUCAGACUA